AUGUCACGCGCUGUUUGUCGGCUGUUCUUUCUACUCUGUCUUGGAUCUACUUUCUCUACCAUCAGGGGGAUUUUUAUGGACAAACUUUCCAGAAAGAAGCUCUGUGCCGAUGAAGACUGUGUGUAUGCCAUCUCCCUUGCAAGAGCAGAAGACGAUUACAACGCACCAGACUGCAGAUUCAUUAAUAUCCGGAAGGGGCAACUGAUCUAUGUUUAUUCGAAGCUAGUGAAAGAGAAAAAAGCAGGAGAAUUCUGGUCUGGAAGUGUUUACAAUGAGCAAUAUGAGGACCAGAUGGGCACCGUUGGUUAUUUCCCCAGGACUUUGGUUACGGAACAACACGUCUAUCGGGAAGCGAACAAGACUAUUCCCACAAAGGUUAUCGACUUCUUCUGUGACUAAAACCUUCUGAGUCAACAAAUAGAAGAGCGCCGGAAUGAGGAAUGGCUUAAAACAACUUUAAUAUGAAGAGCAACUGAGCCAUGUUAUACAGCUGUUUAGAAGAUUCUUGUUCUAGAAAAAACUAAGGUCAUGUGAUCUUAGGUCGAGUCCACAAACUACCAAUUCCUUAAUAUAAGGGAAUGUGUCUGAAUUAUAAGUUCUGUCCCAACUGUGGCCACCUACCAGGAUCUUAGAGAGAAAUCCAGAAACUGAGCAAAAGACAGACGUUCUUUCUGUAUUUCCUAGGCAUCUACAAUACAGUUUCUUUACUAAACAGCUUUGUUAUCUAAAGAG